GAUUUUUAUUCUAGAGAGCUCAUCUUCAGGAUGUCAGUGAACAUUUCUACGGCAGGAAAGGGUGUGGAUCCAAAUACGGUUGAUACUUAUGACAGUGGCGAUGAUUGGGAAAUCGGGGUUGGAAAUUUAAUAAUUGAUUUGGACGCUGAUUUGGAGAAGGACAGACAGAAAUUUGAAAUGAAUAAUUCCACCAACACCACUAGCAGCAGCAACUCUAAGGAUUGUGGAGGUCUGGCCUCCAGUGGGGCCGGUGCUACCGCAGCCUUAGCGGAUGGCCUAAAAUUUGCUUCUGUUCAGCCCUCUGCUCCCCAGGGGAAUUCACACAAAGAGACCAGCAAAUCAAAAGUGAAAAGGAGUAAAACUUCUAAGGAUGCUAAUAAAUCUCUGCCUUCUGCUGCCUUGUAUGGGAUUCCCGAGAUCAGCGGCACUGGCAAGAGGCAGGAAGUCCAAGGGCGCCCUGGAGAGGCAACUGGCAUGAAUUCAGCGCUGGGUCAAAGUGUGAGCGGCGGCGGCGGCGGCGGCGGCAACCCGAACAGCAAUAGUACCAGCACCGGCACCUCCGCUGCCACCGCGGGAACGGCCUCCUGCGGGAAAAGCAAAGAGGAGAAGCCAGGUAAAAGCCAGAGCAGCCGAGGCGCCAAGCGGGAUAAGGAUGCGGGGAAAUCCAGGAAGGACAAGCACGACCUGCUUCAGGGCCACCAGAAUGGCAGUGGCAGCCAGGCCCCUUCCGGGGGCCUCUAUGGCUUUGGGGCCAAGAGCAAUGGAGGUGGCGCGAGCCCCUUCCACUGCGGGGGCACUGGGAGUGGCAGCGUCGCGGCUGCUGGGGAAGUUAGCAAAAGUGCCCCGGAUUCAGGGCUCAUGGGAAACUCUAUGUUGGUAAAGAAGGAAGAGGAGGAGGAGGAGAGCCACAGGCGAAUCAAGAAACUGAAAACUGAGAAGGUUGACCCCCUGUUUACAGUGCCAGCACCACCGCCGCCGAUUUCCAGCAGUCUCACGCCUCAGAUUCUGCCCUCCUACUUUUCCCCAUCUUCAUCCAAUAUUGCAGCACCGGUUGAACAGCUUUUGGUUCGGACUCGUUCCGUGGGUGUCAAUACGUGUGAAGUUGGAGUAGUGACAGAGCCAGAGUGUCUUGGGCCCUGUGAACCCGGGACCAGUGUGAAUUUGGAAGGGAUCGUGUGGCAUGAAACAGAAGAAGGUGUCCUAGUGGUCAAUGUCACGUGGAGGAACAAAACUUAUGUAGGGACCUUAUUGGACUGCACCAAGCACGACUGGGCCCCUCCCAGGUUCUGCGAGUCACCGACCAGCGACCUGGAGAUGAGAGGGGGCCGGGGCCGGGGGAAAAGAGCGAGGUCUACCGCAGCUGCCCCGGGCUCGGAGGCCAGCUUCACAGAGUCCAGAGGACUGCAGAACAAGAACAGAGGGGGGGCCAAUGGGAAAGGGAGGCGGGGCAGCCUUAAUGCCAGCGGGCGAAGGACACCCCCGAAUUGUGCUGCGGAGGACAUCAAAGCCAGCCCCUCCUCCACCAACAAAAGGAAAAACAAGCCUCCGAUGGAGCUAGACCUGAACUCCAGCUCCGAGGACAGUAAGCCCGGGAAGCGUGUCCGCACAAAUUCGAGAAGCACUCCCACCACCCCUCAAGGGAAACCAGAGACGACUUUUUUGGACCAGGGCUGCUCUUCUCCGGUGUUGAUUGAUUGUCCGCACCCAAACUGCAACAAAAAGUACAAGCACAUCAACGGCCUCAGGUACCACCAGGCUCACGCCCACUUAGACCCAGAGAACAAGCUGGAGUUCGAACCGGACAGCGAGGGCAAGAUCUCGGACUGUGAGGAGGCCUUGAGCAACGUGGCGCUGGAAUGCAGCGAGCCAAGCACAAGUGUAUCGACUUACGAGCAGGUGAAGGCGCCAGUGUCCCCUGGCUCGGGGAACCCCCCCGGAACCCCCAAGGGGAAGAGAGAGCUGAUGAGCAAUGGCUCGGGCUCUGUUAUCGGAUCGAAGCCUGGGAAGAAUUCCGGCAAAAAGAAGGGCCUCAACAGUGACCUCAACAACCUUCCCGUCAUCUCCAACAUGACGGCCACCGUAGACAGCUGCUCGGCAGCAGACGGCAGUUUGGCUGCCGAAAUGCCCAAACUGGAAGCAGAAGGCUUAAUCGACAAGAAAAAUUUGGGAGAGAAAGAAAAGGGCAAAAAAGCCAACAGUUGCAAAAUGGACAAAAACCUCUCUAAGCUUAAAAGUGCCCGGCCCAUUGCCCCUGCACCGGCCCCAACGCCGCCACAGCUAAUCGCAAUUCCCACCGCAGCCUUUACGGGCACCACCACGGGGACCAUACCCGGACUGCCCUCCCUCACAACCACGGCGGUCCAGGCCACACCAAAGAGUCCUCCGUUAAAGCCCAUUCAGCCAAAGCCCACGAUUAUGGGGGAGCCCGUCACCGUGAACCCAGCGCUCGUGUCGCUCAAAGACAAAAAGAAAAAGGAGAAGCGGAAGCUGAAGGACAAAGAAGGGAAAGAGACGGGGAGCCCGAAAACGGAUGCGAAGCUGGGCAAACUAGAGGACGCCAAGGGGGCUGGCAGAGAUGUAUCUGGGCAUUUUUUAAAGGACCACCUCAACAAGAAUGAAGGGCUGGCGAACGGACUGUCCGAGUCACAAGAGAGCCGGAUGGCCAGUAUCAAAGCCGAGGCUGAUAAGGUUUACACUUUCACCGACAACGCUCCCAGCCCUUCCAUCGGGAGUGCCUCGAGGAUGGAGUGCAGCGCUUUGGUGAACGGGCAGGCGCCCGUGGCCCCGCUGCACGUGCUGACCCAGAAUGGGGCCGAGAGCUCCGCAGCCAAGACGAGCAGCCCUGCCUACUCGGACAUCUCUGAUGCUGCCGAUGACGGCGGUUCUGACAGCAGGUCGGAGGGCGUGAGGUCAAAGACCAGUUCCCCGUCAGAUAUCCUUUCCAGUAAGGACGGUGUUGUAAAAGGGCAUUCUUCAACGACAGCACAAUCAUCUCAGAUGAAAGAGUCCCACUCUCCCUAUUACCAUGGCUACGAUCCUUAUUAUUCUCCGAGUUACAUGCACCCUGGGCAGGUCAGUGCCCCUGUAGCUGGGAACGGCGGGAGCGCGCAGGGAAUGAAGAUCAAGAAGGAGUCUGAGGAAGAUGCAGAUAAGAAAGACAAGGCAGAGCAGCUCGAGGCCAAGAAAGUGGACCAUAAUUCUGCAUCCUUACAGCCUCAGCACCAAUCGGUGAUCACGCAGAGACACCCGGCCCUGGCUCAGUCACUGUAUUAUGGCCAAUAUGCCUACGGGCUCUAUAUGGACCAGAAGUCUCUGAUGGCCACCAGCCCUGCCUAUAGACAGCAGUAUGAGAAGUACUAUGAGGACCAGAGGCUGGCAGAGCAGAAAAUGGCCCAAACUGGGAGAGGAGACUGUGAAAGGAAAAAUGAGCUCCCCUUGAAAGAGCUGGGCAAAGAGGACAGUAAACAGAAAAACAUGCCAUCGGCCACAAUCUCAAAAGCUCCCUCUACUCCGGAGCCUAACAAAAACCAUUCUAAACUAGGGCCGUCAGUGCCUAAUAAAUCUGAGGAGACAGGUAAAUCACAGCUUCUCUCCAAUCACCAGCAGCAGCUUCAGGCCGACAGCUUCAAAGCUAAGCAGAUGGAAAACCACCAGCUUAUUAAGGAAGCUGUAGAAAUGAAAUCUGUCAUGGACUCUAUGAAGCAGACAGGUGUAGACCCAACCUCGAGAUUUAAACAAGAUCCAGAUUCAAGGACAUGGCAUCAUUAUGUAUACCAACCCAAAUACCUAGACCCGCAAAAGUCAGAAGAACUCGAUAGAGAGAAGAAACUAAAAGAGGAUAGUCCCAGGAAAACCCCCAACAAAGAGGGUGGUGUGCCCAGCCUUCCCGUAUCGUUAAUGAGCAUCAAAGAGGAGCCCAAAGAGGCCAAGCGUCCUGAUUCUCAAUCCUUGGAUGAGAGCAAGCUGAAAAACGAUGAUCGCAAGACUCCCGUGAACUGGAAGGACUCUCGGGGAGCCAGAGUGGCCGUCUCCUCCCCCAUGAGUCAGCAUCAGUCCUACAUACAGUACUUGCAUGCUUACCCUUACCCGCAGAUGUAUGACCCCAGCCACCCUGCAUACCGGGCUGUUUCUCCCGUCCUAAUGCACAGUUACCCUGGGGCCUAUCUCUCGCCAGGAUUUCAUUACCCUGUUUACGGGAAGAUGUCAGGGAGAGAAGAGGCAGAGAAGGUCAAUACCAGCCCUAGCAUCACCACGAAAACAACCACUGAAUCGAAAGCACUGGAUUUGCUCCACCAGCACGCCAGCCAGUACCGCAGCAAGUCUCCCGCUGUAUGCCUCCUUUUGUCAUCACUAACAAGUACUAUGUUUCAGGGGGAGAAAAGCAGACAAGCUAGAGAACAGUCUUGAAAUAUAAAUGGUUUUGGAACCCAGCUGUGAUUUCAGGGUGCCGUUUUAGUCUAAUAUGGAAAGAACGGCAUGUUCAAAAA